GCAUCCCAUGAGAAUACAAGUCAAGACGCUGCACACCCUGAUUUUCUUCAUCUUGCCAUGGUCAAACGCUGAUAGUCACACGUCCAAGUUCCACUAGGUCUCUGCAUCACUCUUCCAGUUUGUUCCAACUUGUCACAACCAAGUUUCGAUAGGUUAUUUUUAUUGAUUGGUGUUGAUACUUAUUUUGCAAAGAAUUAUUAUCUGUCCAUUAUUCUGACACAAAGUUUUUGAGUAUAAUAUUUGUCCCCCUCUCUUAGUAGCUGUCUUAGUGGACUGCAAGGAGAAGCUCGACAUUUCACCCUAAUCUAUUACCCAAAUCUGCAAAUUCAAUAAAUCAUUGCAUGCUUCUGCAAUUUCCAUCUGUAUUUUGUAUAUUCACCUAAUUAGGCCUAUUUUGUAAGUAUUGUAAACAUACGGGGCCGAAAAUAUAAUAACCAAAAAAGAUUAAAGGGAAAGAAAAUGUAGUUUGUUUUCUUUUAUUUCCUUCUCUUGACUUCUCUAGAUCGGUUCGUGUGCCCUGUCUGUCUCAGCUUCCCUCAACCAUCAGAGAAGAAUGGGCCCUGGAGAUAGUGAAGCAGUGGAAUGCAAGUGUGGUAUGCCUCUUUGCAUCUGUGUUGUUGCUCCACCCAAAACCUCUAACCCUCAGGCUACACGGGCUCCUCCUAUGGCUCUUCCUCAGUCAGAUCCCAAACCAAAGUCUGACACUUCAGCUAAAAGUAAAGGUUCCACUUCCAGCACCAUUGCUAGACCAGACAAGCCCCAAAAAGAGUAUGAAGUCAGUGGGGAGGGAUUAAGAGAAGCAAUUAAGAAUGGUGACACUGCUGGUGUGAAAAAGCUUCUGAAUGAGAAAUUUCAGGGUGUGGACGCAAAUUACCAUGACAAGCAGGGAAUGUCAGUGCUUCACCUGGCUGUUCUAUUCAACCAAACUGAAAUUGCGUUGAUGUUAAUGGAACAUGGAGCAAGCCUUGACUACAAAAAUGCACAAGGAGAAACACCACUAGAUUGUGCUCCUGCAACACUGCAAUAUAAGAUGCGGGAAAAGAUGAAGUCGACUUAGUAUGAAUUGAAUUCAAGGCAGAGUUUCAUAUCUUUCCUCAAAAGUCUGUAAAGGGCAAAUCAAUGGUCAUGGAUUUGCUUGUAAGACAUCAAUAUUGACAUUCUCUGUGCAAUUUCUCGUCUUGUGUGAACUUUGAAACGUCGGCUUCUUCCACUCUUGUAAGUCUAUGUGUUAUCCACUGGUUCAUUGUUGUCAACAAUUACAAUAUCGCAUCAUAACAGACAAACUCAUCAUCAAUAGUUUUCAAGAAACAAGUGUAA